AAUAUUUUUAUUCAAACGUCAUUUGUCUCUUAAAACAUUGUUGAUUUUCAAUUGUAAUAUUUAAGUAAAUUUAAUUCAAUGUAGUAUUGAUUGAUUAAAAUAAACAAUAUUUUUUAUGUUCGAUCGUAGCGGUCAAGUUCACUAUUCAAUAAAAUAUAACACCAAAAAAAUCAAAGCAUAACCUAAAUGACCUAUGGGAAUAGUGUUUAUUGAAAGGAUUGGUGUUUCAAAUCAUAAUAUCCUUUUUUUUAUAUAAAAUUAUUCAUGUACUAUGGUGGAAACGAACAUGUAUUAAUACCAUAAGAUGUUCAGUUCGGGUAGUAAAACAAAUCAAAGAUACAAUGGCAAUCUUGCCUCCACAUUGGAUAGAACAGUCAGAACAAAACCUAGUAACUCUCUCAAUCACAAUAGAACAACAAACAAAAUUCAAAGAAGAAAUGUUAAAAAUCACCAUGUGGAUAAACACAUCAAACAUGCUGUCAUGGAGAACGGCAGUAGAACUCAAUUCAAUAUUAAAACUGAGGUUAAAGAGGAGAUAGUUGAUGAGGAUUUAGACAGAAAUUUAACUGCCCACAGUAUUAUAGGUUUAAAUUAUGAUAAUGCUUUAACAUCAGCAAAAACAAAAAUUAAUAAGGCUACACAUCAUGAAAUGUUACAAAGGAUAGACAAUGAAAGUGGAUAUGAUGAUGGUCAUAACCAUUAUCAGAAAAACUGGUUCAGUGCAAGUCUGGAGCGGAUGAACUUGGAGAAGAGAUCAAGGGAAGAAAGAAUAGAAAUAACGAGGCAUGAAUGUAGACGUCAACUACAUCAGAUCAUGAGGAGUAAUCUUGGACAUUCGAAUAAACUGUCUGAUCUUUCCAACAGUAGAAAAAGUUCUGUUAAAGAUUUGAGACUUCAUCGAAAUGGCUAUGAUAGGCUGGUUGCACCCAGAGUUUGUGAAAUCGAAAAUUGUUUCCAGCCUGCAUUACCAUGCACAAAAUAUUGUACAUUACAUAUAAUGUAUAACCCAGAACAAGUUUUGUUCAGUUCUUGUACUGCAAAAUUUGCAGAUAACACCCAAUGUUCAGUCCCCGUUUUUGAUAUCACCCAUGAAUUACCUCUGUGUCCAGAACAUGCUAGAAAAAGGGAUAACUAUAAAUUAUAUCAAGAAGCAAAACCAAAGAAAUUACGUAAAAAAGUGAAACCAUCUGCUAUGAUCAGGCCACAAAAACGUAAUAAAAAAAAGAAAAAGGUUGCUAAGCCUCUUGAAGUUAUCACCCCAAGUGCAAUAUUAGAGUCCCCUAUGAAAGAAAUAGAAGUUCAAGAAACAAUUGAAACAGAAUCCCCGGAACUUGUUGAAGAUAUGCACAUAGUUGAUCAAGUAUUGGGCUUCAAUGAAGCAGAUGGUUUGGAGCAUGAUUUAACAGCCCAAGCUUCUCACAUAUUAGAGGAAACGGAUAUCAGUACAGUUUUGAGUACCAUUCAUGUAGAUGAGUUCAAUGACUUCUUUGCAGUGAAUCGAAACGGCGAAUUUGAACAGCCAACUCGAGAGGAGGCUGAGGAGUUGGAGAAAGCCUUGGCUGAGGUAGAUAAUGACGUGAAAUCGUUGGAGAAAUUGAGUCAAACUCACGGGCUCUUGGACUCUUUCUUGGAUGAACAACUGGUUCAUCUUCCCGACAUGUUUCACAGUGUAAACGGUUUCGCAACGUGUGGAGACAGCAUGGUGGCACAAACUUCUUCCUAUCUCUUGCCUGUUGAACCUCAUUCUCAUUCUUAAUCAUUGUCGGAACAUUUCUACGGCGUCACCUCAAUAGUACAAUUGAUAAAAUAGCAAUGUAACUGGUAUAUGAAAAAAUAUCGAUUGGUUAUGUGAAAUUUUCAAAGUAUGUUUCUGCUAAUAUUUCAUAUCCAAUAAAAGAAUGCUCACACCAAAGAUACACUUCAAUUCUGUUCAGAGGCUGCAGAAGAUUUGUAUUUCCAAAACUCCAUAGGUAUUAAUUCAAAUGGAUUUAUUUAAUUUCCAAUGAAGAAAGAUUUUCUUUUGAUAGUAAUUUAUAACGGAUAUCAAAUUUGAGAAUUUGAUUUUUUGUUGGAAAUUUAAUGAAGAAUGGAAUAUUUGCUUGAAAUACUUUGGAAUGAUUUAUUGGUGAAGAAAAUUUGAUUCCUAUUUUUUUUUUGGAAGAAUUUUAUUUUUGUGCUCUACAGAUUUGUAAAUAAAACAAAAUUUUUCAGUGAUAAUGUAAAAAGUUAAUUUGAAUAGGUCCCUAGUCCAAUUUGAAAUCUGAAUUUUAAGUGAUCUUCAUUUUCAGGAAGCUUCUUCAUGUUUUUUUUUUCAAUUCUUAAGUUGAUUCAAGCUUUAAUUUAGCCAAGACUGAAUAAAUUAUGUAAUUAGGUGAAGAAUAGGUGAUAGAGUGAAUAAAAUGUGAAGGUAAUAAUAUACCAGUUACGGAAAAAAUAGCAAUGCUCUCGAAAGGGAUAAAGAAUUUCUUAAAUAAGUAUCAUGGUAUUUCUGAUAUUGAUUGAAAAAGUAAUUACAGAACAGGCGGAUAUUUUCAAUAUCAUAUAUUUGGUUCUUGGAAUAUACUGUUCUUCAAAUUCUUAUUCAACCACAAUUAUUCUUAUAUAGGCAUAUCAUAAGAUAGAUUCAGAAAAACCAAAUUUUAUACUUUAUGUUCCUUUGGAUAUUUCAAAACGUAGAUGAAUUAUCUUUCAUUCCGAACUUCAAUUAAGAAAAUGAAUAGGGGGAAUGAAGUUAAAUACAUUCUACACAAUUAAUUUUUACCACAGGAAAAACUGUUUCAACAAAUUUCAUCAUGCUAUUGAAAAUGUUCUGAAUCUUAUCAAUGCAAAUCACUGCCAUUAUUAUAAAAAAACGUUUUUUAUUCGGAAAUAUUGGAUACAAAAAUUUUGUUUUGGGAUAAAUGUUGUUCAAUAUAUUUCUACUUGACGAAUAAAAAUGGAUUUGCAGGUCACCAUUUGAAUUCGAAAUUUAAACUUAACUUUCAACAAUUCGAAACUACCCUAGAGAGGAUAUUGAAAAUCUUUCGGCUCUCCAUUGAAUGACUACAUUUUAAUUAAUUUACUCUGAAAUCAUCAAUAUCUGGAGUACUAACCAUUAUGAGUGUUGAAAUGAAUAAAUUUUCUGAGACGUGAUUGAUAGCUAGAUGUGUUGUGUUUGAGGUUUUGUAAUAUCAAUGUAAGUUAUUCCAUUAGAUGAAACUGAGGAGUCAUGUGAGAAGGUGUAAUUUAUUUAUUUAUUCGAAGGAACUUUGGUGACAUUUAUAUUAUUUUUAUACCAAUCUAUGUUUAGUGUCCGAUUUGUUAUCAGUUUAUUAAAAAUUCAUUCAUUGCCCCAUGUAUAUUUUUGGACUUUUUAACAUUAUGAAGAGUAUAUUUUCUAUACAAUGAAGAAAAAAUGAUGAAAAUCAUCUGAAGAAUUCACUAUAGCUUAGUGACCCCCAUUGUAAUUUUUUUAUGUAUUUUUAUACAUAUUCCAUAUGUCAUGUGGAUACAGCUUUUUGUUGAUACUUUGAUGUGUUAUUUUCUUCGAGUUUAGAUGAAAAUUUCAAUUGAUGAAUUUUUAAUACAUGAGUAUAUAACGUGUAGAUUUCAGGAUGAGGUAAAAUAAUUUAGUUUUUCAUUUCUCUGAUUCGUCUGUACAUAUUCUUAGAAGAUACAAUGUUAAUAAAAAAUUACCUUUUGAAAUAAA